AUGCAGACAAAUUUUCAACUGGCUUCAGUGCAUGGCAUGUUGUACACGGGAGGCAAUGUCGCCUUUUCUCCCGACGGACGCCAGUUGUACUCGCCGGUCAACAAUUACAUUUCAAGCAUUCAGGUCCAGCAGGAAGGGCAUCGCUCGCUUCCGUGCAGUAACAGCACGAUUCAGUGUUUUGACCUAUCACCAGACGGCGAUCUGCUGAUUGCAAUUGGUCGGCGUGGUGUUGGCUUUUUCUACGCGAUUUCCGCCGGUGUUGUGCUUGACACUAUCGCGUUCCCCCCUGACUGUGAGGUCCGCUGUGUCAAGUUUAGUCCGUGUGGCAAGUACGUUGCAAUUGCCCUUGAAAAUACUCUUCAGGUGUACACUUCCCCGGCUCAGCGUGUUGUGGCAUACCAUGCAUGUCAUCGGGUGGAGAAUCUACACGCGGCGCUGACGUUGCCAAUUAUGAAUGUUGAAUGGUCACCGAACAGUGAACACCUUCUAUUGUGCGGGCAAGAUGCCCGCAUGAAGAUUUACCCACGUCAAGGACGUCUGCAGCAGAAGGGGAUGGCUAUACAGCAGAAUGCCUUGGUAGGUCACCGCGCUGGAGUUCAUGGUGCUUGGUUUAUGGAUGACGCAUGCUCUUGCGUUGUGAGUGUCUCCGCUGAUAAUGUCAUUAUCACAUGGAAGCGUACGAAUGUCACACGUCGAGAGGUGCUGCAAGCUGUUGCAACUGCACAAAUGAAGGCGCGUAUCAUGCAGCAGGAAGAUGAAAGUGGUGACGAUGAUGAUGAUGGGGCCGGUCGUGCUCCAAAGUCUUUUUUAGAAAAACGCCGGCUGGAGCAGCUGAAGCUUGAAGGGGUGCGUGUCUCCGUUGCGGAUGAUACGUAUCUACCUGACAUUCUUCGCUGUGCAUAUGAGAUAGACAAGAAAUACCUACUAACGCAUAAAGGAAACGUAUCAGUCACAUGCUUUCACCGACUUCGUGGUCUUGUGGCGAUUGGCUACAACUCUGGUAUCUUUGCAAUUCAUAGUUUGACAACGGCUGACGAAGCGGAACUAACUCUUGUUCAUUUACUUUCUAUUUCCGCACAGUCACUAACAGCUGCAGCUUUCAGUCCAACUGGUGACUUUGUUGCAUUUGGAAGUGCCCAGUUGAAACAGCUUCUCCUGUGGGACUGGAAAUCAGAGGCAUAUGUUCUUAAAGACCAGGCGCACUAUUACGAUAUUUCUCGAGUUGCCAUAACUGCAGAUUCUGGUAGCAUUAUUUCUUGUGGUGAUGACGGUAAAAUAAAGGUGUGGAAAGCGUCCUCAGGUCAGUGCUAUGUAACUUUCACAGAACACACAGCACCGGUAACGGGCGUGGUAACAUGCGCAGCUACGAAUGCCUUUUUUACUUGCAGCCGGGAUGGCACAGCAAGAGGCUAUGAUCUUGUACGAUACCGUCAUUUCCGCGUCUAUAAAACACCCGAACAAACGCAACUUUCUUGCAUUGCUGUCGACCCAUCUGGAGAAGUGCUGGCAGUGGGUAGUGGGCAGACCGAUCGCAUCUUUCUUUUUGCAGUGCAAACGGGAAAAUUGAUUGAUCAACUGCAAGGACAUGAAGCGCCUAUUGCGUGUCUGGCAUUUCAUCCGUCAGGCACCGCUCUUGUUUCCGGUUCUCUUGACCACAAUCUUGUCUUUUGGGAUCUUUUUAACCGCGGGGAUGGUGGGGACCGCAUGAAGGGUGAUGCAGAAGUAGUAGACAUUGGGUCUGAAGUGCUUAGUGUUACGUUCAGCAACAGUGGUCGCCGUCUGGCUGUGUUGACAAUGAGACAGGAGAUAUCUGUUUAUGAGACCGUCGUACCGACAGAGCCAAUCAUCAUCAAAACCUUUCAGACGAGUUUUGACGCCGCUGGUGGGUGGAACAAGACAGUGGGGCCACGUAGUGCGAACUAUAAUGCCCGCUUCAAUGUCAUUGCCUUUUCUCCUGAGGGGGAAAAGAUUGUCGCUGGGGGAGAUUCCAAGUGGAUUGUGAUGUAUCACGCCACUCAGGGCUACAUGCUGAAGAAGUGGCCUGUCACGACGAACCAGGAUGUGCAGGGAGCGGAAGAACAAUACCAGUGGCGUCAAAUGACGGAAGCAGGGCAUGUCGACGAUAUUGAUGUGGACGAUGCUGACAUUCAUCUGCGCCGGGGAAAAAUAAUGGAGAUGCCUGGAAGUCGGCACCGCCACUUUGCGACAGGAAAGAGACAAACUGCACUCACGGCACGAACGAUGGACUUGGCUUUUUCGUGCACAGGGACAGAAUUUGUGGCGGCCACCACCGAUGGGCUGUUGGUGUUUUCUACUCGUGUUGCACGUCCAAAGUUCCAGCCCCUACAGCUCAGUGCUAACAUCACGACCCAACAGGUUCGCGAUCAACUAGACCGCGGCGAACCUGUUAUGGCGCUUAUGGGUGCAAUGAAACUUGGAGACAAGAUGCUUGGUGUGGAGUGCUUACGCCGGAUGCCGCGGGACGCCAUUCCCGUCGCCGUCUCUUCCGCCCCUUCUGUCUUGUUCCCUCUGUUGGUGCAGUGGGUGAGCACAGAGGUUGAAGAGAGUCGGGGGAUCGAGCAGGCCUUGCUCUGGGCGCAGUCUCUGAUGCUGCACUCCAAUGAGUGCACGGGUGGUUUUGCACAGGAACGAAGUGCCGUUAUUCCCGCGUUGAAGGUUCUGCAGCGUGGACUGCAGCAGCACCGGGCGUUGACGGAUCUGGCGAAAGAGAAUUACUUUUCCUUGCGUUAUAUUAUCGACAUGACGAAAAUGCAGAAAGACAUUUUGCAGCCAGCUGCCACCGUUGAAUAA